UAUAAAGAACUUCCUCCUCUGCAACUAUAUCGAUCGGAUCAGCAACUUUGCACACAUUCGAACAGAAUACGCUGCAUCAAUAUCUAAAGUCCCUCGACAAACUCGGAACAUGGCUAGCACCGCCAGAUCGCAAGAUCCCGACUUCAACCUCCAGCUGCAAACAUGUCUACAUCAGCUCUGGGGCGAGAUUGAAACCAUCAACCCUGAGGACAGUCUACCACACAAGCCAAACGACUGGCCGGCACUGAGCUGGGAUCUAGCAUAUGCCAAAUGGCAGUGCUUGCAGCUCGAACGUUUGCUUUCUGAGCGUCCCCCUCCGGAAGCCAGGGACCGGUGGCUUCUUCAACAACAAGCGGCAUUGCGCGCCGUCCUCCAUAGAGCGGUCAAGAGCCACGGAGCACCUGCAACGCCCCUUCCGCAGGCCGGCGUCACUCCCUCUGGCGCGAUUGAUCACGCGGUGCUCGGUGCUAACGACCACAGAGCACACCAACAGCAGCCAAGCCACGCUCCCGUGCCGAAUGAGCGGCCGCUGUCGCCAAAUCGCGUGCCUCCGACCGCUGGACCGAGCAGAGGUCGAGCAAACAACGGCAGGCUCGUACACCCCCGUGAUGGAUCGUGUGCACAGUUGCGGAGGAACGGCGCGGAGCCUUGA